AUGCAAUUCUUGUGGGAUCACGCAGAGCAAGUGGUGCAACAGUGGAUCCGUCUGUUAGUGAAGCUCCACAAUUGGGGAAGUGAUGAAGAUGCGAUCGCGAUCCGGGUUGCUUGCCUCAGCAGGGACGCCGUGAUUGGGGGCAUCGUUUGGGUGCAAGCUGGAGGGCAGCACCCCUUCAACCACCGGCAGUCGAACAACAUGGAUCCCUCAGCGAUGCCGCUGACUGCCCCCAGCAAGGCGUCUAGUCUGCCUUCUCCACAUAGCGCAGAAGACCAGAACGGGAAUCAGUCCUCAGGGUCGGCAGAGCCUACUCCCCUCCCCGCCAUCACACCGUCCCCGAAGCCCGGCCACGAGGCUGUGCGGAGGGCGAACAAGCGGUCGCUGGCGGACACGGUGAAGAUGCGCACACGGGGGGCCCUCGCAGAGGACACGGCCACGGCAGAGGCGUCCCAGCUGGAGGGUGUGGCCAAGAAGAGGGCCAAGGCUGCCAAGGUGGAAACAGGCGGCGGGCCGGCAGCCUCCCCAAGGGCCCCACCCCCGACCCACUCACAGGAUGCUGGGGAGCCAAACAUACUGACUGGGAGAGGGGGCCAAGAUGAGACAAGGUUUGAGGACUUUGGCAGCAGCCCCGGCGCGGCGCUGGAUGGGCUGGGGUGCGGCGCGCAGGCGGAGGCACGACAGGCGGUAGGGGAUGCUGGCGCCACCCAGGCCCAUGCUGGGCAGGCUGCAGGCAGGAAAGGGGGGGGGAAGAGCGAGAGAAAAGUGGCCCCGUCACCUGCGGCGAAAGUGGGGGGGGACAUACACUGCCACUACUGCGGCACCCGCGAGAGCACGUACUGGCGGCGCGGCCCGGACGGCCCCAAGACGCUGUGCAACAGCUGCGGCCUCAACUGGUUCCGGCAGCGGCCCAUGCAGCGCGAGCAGGUGGAGGUGGGCAAUCUGAUGGCGGCCGCGGUGGCGGCCGCGGCACUCAAGCGGCCGGCCAACAGCCUCAAGGACGGCCCCGAGAAGCGCAAGCGCGAGGAGAAGAAGGACGGGAAGCAGCUCCUUGAGCAGCUGCAUGGCACCAAGGGCGCGCACGCACAGCAGCAGCCGGGGGCCAAGAGGCGGAAAGGGGACGGCGGCGCCGGGGCGGGCAAGCCGGAGAGGGCAGGCGGGCAAGCGGUGGCCUCCAGUCUGAAGGGCUUGCAGCGCACGGAGAAGGGGAGCAUCCGGCGCAAGCUGGGCGAUGCGGCGGUGAAGAAGGCGGCACUGAUCAAGCGCACCCCGAGCCAGCUGUCGCUCGUGGGCCUGCUGGAGAGCGCGGCUGCGGCGCCCCCAGCCCCGCCGGAGCUCCCGCCAGCUGCGGCGGUGAAGCCGACGGGGGUGCUCAAGGGGGCACGCUUCUCACCCCUGAAGCAGGCGCAGACACGGCUGGGGGCACAGAAGCUGCUGGCGGUGCUCAACGUGAUCAAACAGAAGAAAGGGCUCGGGCGCGUCACCAGCACUGCGUCGCUCGAGUCGGUACCGGAGGAAGACCCGCUGGCUGCACAGCCAGACGGGAUCCCGGGCAUCUCUGGAAGUGGCGUCCCUGGUGGCACGGAAGUGCUGGCGUCGAGCCAGGACGCUCUGCGCGGUGGGUGGGAGCCGGGCCCGACGGGCGCGUCCACCCGGCGGCCCACCAAGACGGGGGCUCGCUCCCAGCGGCGGCCCAACACCGCCCUGCUGCAGGGCGCCAGUUUCCUGCCGUGGAAAGCCCGGCCGCGCGGCUGGGAGAGCUCCAGCCUCACCUUUGCUGCGGCUGAGAGCCGGUUGCUCAAGCCGCAAGCGGCCGCCCCGGCAGCGCACGGCCGCUCUCCUUUGCAGACGCGAGCAGAGGCCGGGCCCAUAGGAGCGGGCCCCGAGCAGGAGGGCGUGGGAGGGGGGAACAGAGGGGCGGCCCCUGACCCGCAGCAGAGAGCGCGGCUGCGGGAGGGUGGCAGCCACGAGGCGGCGGCUGGCGGGGCGGAGGCAGGCGAGGGCGGCUCGGACGACGAUGGGUUUGCGGGGUAUGGGGUGCUGCGGAAACUGCUGGAGGAGGUGGACGCGCCGCCCACGUCGCCCCCGGCAAAAGGGCGGCCCCCGCUGAACAAGAAAGGAGGAGCGCCGCUCGCCAAGAAGCUGCAGCGGUCGGAGCAGCCUCUAGGGUCGCAAGGGCCGUCUGCGCGGGCCGGGCUGAACAGCUAUGAGAGCUUCGAGGACCUGGUGAUGGGGACCGCGGGGGGCAUGAAGCGGUUUGAGAGCUUCGAGGACCUGGCCCUGCGCGUGGGGCCCGUGUUCGCCCGAGUGGAGAGCUUCGAGGAGCUGGCGCUGCGCGCCGGCCCCGCCAUGCGCCGCUUUGAGAGCUUCGAGGACCUGGCCAUGCGCAGCCAGCCCGUGGUGGAACCGCCCCCACACCCCGCUCCGAGCGCGCUCCCGGCAGCGCACGUGGCAGGACGAGGCGAGGGGGAGUCGAGCGCAGAGGCGGGGUCGGAAGGGGAGGCGGGGUCGCGGGAUGGCGCAGGGCGGCGCAGCGGGCGGGAGAAGAAGCAGAAGACGUGGGAGUGGGCCGUGGUGGACGGGCCGAAGCGGAGGCGGAAGGACGCCCGCGACGACAAGGGCCUGCCGCGGGAGGGGCCGGAUGGGCCGGCGCCCUGGCGAAGCGGCACAGCGCAGGGGCAGCGGAAAGGGGAACCCGGCCAGGCGCUGCAGCCACCUCGGGGCAGCCAGGGCCGGGGGAGAGGGGGCGCACAGCAGUUCCCCGGGAUGCUCGGGCCGGGGGAGUCUCCGACGGCCGGAAGCUUGGAGUCUGCGCAGCGAGGGGAGGGGACGGAAGAGCCGGUGUUGCCCAACGACGCGAGCGGCUCAGCGGAGGGGCGGCUGCUGGCAGCCCCCGGGCAGGCCGGCGGGCUCCCUCAGCACUCCGCAGGAGCAGCAGCAGCGGGGCAGCCAGGCGCGGCGCUACUCCCGAACGGGCUGCGGUAUGCGUUGCGUGUGCCGGCAGCGGCGCAGCCAUCCGGCAGCGCAGGGCCAACGGCGUCGUUGGCGCGCAACGUCCUGGGGUUGGGGCCGCGCGGGGUGUCGGCCCGCGCGCUGCACCUGCUGGUCGACUGCGCGGUGGAGCCGGAGCCGGCCGCCGACGUGGCCACGCUCAUGGCCGACCUGCAGACGCUGGCCAUCGGGACCGCAGACAAGCGGGGGGGGAGCGACGGAGGACAGGAACAGGGGCGGGCGGCAGACGGGGCAGCGGGGGGGAUGAAAGCGGGCUUUGCGGCCAGCUUCACGCUCCCAAACGGGCGGGCCGUGAAGCAGGUCGCGCCUGUGGCGCAUGCAGUACGACUGCCCGCCGGAGCGGAGGUGGCCAGUGACGGGGCAGCAGAAGGGCGCGGGGGGGGUGUAAUUGUCGAAUUGGGAGCCCCUGAGGCAGGGCCACCAGCAGCUGAGCAAGAGGACGGAGCUGUUGGCCCCUCGAAAGCCACUUCCGUAACGCCUAGAGGAGCUCCAGCGGCAGUCGACAAAGAUGCCCGCGCUGCUCAGCUGCUCCAGGUGCCGGCUGGAGAGCCGGAGCUUCACUGUGCGGAGGUGCUGCAAUCCCCUGAGGACUUACCCUGCUAAAACAUUUACCGCGGCGGGCAACAACGCGCGAGCUGCGCGCGUGCAUCAAUGAUUAAGGUAAUUGCAUACAAAUCUUUCAAUACGGAGGCAUAUAUAGCGUCCGCUAAAUUGAUAAGUUAACCUCCAGGAACGUCAAGACUUUUUAUUACAUAAUCUUAGAACCAAACGGAACUUGAUCAAAGCAUAAUCAGAGCCAUGUGUGGCUCUCGUGCAGCGUCUAAUAUUCAAGAUUAUGCGACGACAUCAAGGGACCAUAUCGAUCUGAUGUACUGUGCGCAAUGGUGCAAAC